UCACCCCCGUGCUCCCGCCCUCCCCGCAGCUGCAAUUCCGAGGUCAAGUACGCCUCGGAGAAGCACUUCCGGGACAAGGUCUUCUACGCGCCGGUGCCCACGGUCACGGCCUACAGCGAGACGAUCGUGGCGGCGCCGAACUGCACGUGGCGCAGCUACCGCAGCCAGCUGACCCUGGAGCCGCGGCCGCGCGCGCUGCGCUUCCGGAGCACCACCAUCAUCUUCCCCAAGCGCGCCCGCAGCUCCUUCCGCACCACCCUGCACCUCAGCCUGGGCCGGCCGCGCCGCUGGUUCACGGCCAGCGUGCAGCUGCAGCUGUGCCCGCGGCCCGGGCCCGGCCUGCUGGGCCCCGCGCCGCUCUGA